CACGGAAGUACUGUUAUGAGCAUUAGCCAACUGUAGCAGAGAGGAUCACUGCGGCAUUAAAAUGUUUUACAGCACUCUAUUAAUCUUUGCACAGAUCACAAAACAGAAGAUAUCGAUCGUCUAAUAUGGACCCACGCUGAGGAACCGUUCCCAUCGAUUUAGCAAGUAUUUAUUUCCUGGAAAAGGGAAGCACUUGAAUGAAUUAGAUCUAAUGAGACAGUGGAUGGUGACUGGGACAAUGAAAGUACAUUUACUGUCGUUGUUUAGAAUAUAUAUCCAGUAAUCAUUAGGAAAUUACAUUUUAAUAUGUGGACGAAAUAGUAAAAUAGUAAUGAUUUAUGUUUCAUUAAAUUAGUGGGCUAGUAAUUGCAUUCAGUUGAUUUAACCAUAAAGGACAGAUAGAUACAUCACUCAAAGAUGGAUGAAGUGAUUAUGGAUCAGAUCAUGUAUGUUGUUCAUCAAGUGGUGUCUUGGAUCGCAUCUUUUGCCAUCAUAUUUGGAGGAGUUGUGCCAUACAUCCCUCAGUACAGGGAUAUCCGCAGGACUCAGAAUGCUGAAGGAUUCUCCACAUAUGUUUGCCUGGUUCUGCUGGUAGCCAACAUAUUAAGAAUACUAUUUAGGUUUGGACGUUACUUUGAGACUCCGCUGCUUUGGCAGAGUAUAAUCAUGAUCAUUACAAUGUUAAUCAUGCUGAACCUGUGCACCAACGUCCGCAUGGCCACUGACCUCAACACCAAACGCCGCUCGUUCACAGCAACAGACAGUAAGGACGAAGAAAUCAAAGUUCCUAAGAGGCUGUUUCUGGACUUUGACUGGAAUUACUUCUGGUUUUGGAGUCGUUUUGUGGAUUACCUGCAGUGUGUGCUGGCUUUCACAGUGCUGGCCGCCUACGUGACGUACCUGCUACUGGACUCAGUUCUGUUCGUUGAGAGCCUAGGUUUCCUUGCCGUAUUCACGGAGGCCAUGCUGGGAACACCACAGCUUUAUUGCAACUACCAGAACAAAUCUACUGAAGGAAUGAGUAUUAAGAUGGUGUUGAUGUGGACCAGUGGAGACACUUUCAAGACAGGCUACUUCCUGUUGACUCAGGCUCCCAUGCAGUUCUGGAUCUGCGGCCUCCUUCAGGUGUGCGUGGACUUCGCUAUUCUCUUCCAAGUGUACUAUUACAGCCUCUACCCACAGAAACCCAUCUCACACACCACACAUACCACCAGCGCCAAGGCCCUAUGAAACACCCACAUUUAUAAAGGAAUGUGCUCAAAAUCUAUAUUACAAUGUAUAUGUAUGCAUAGAUGCAAGAUCUUUGUACAGUCUCCCAAAAAAGUAUUUGCAUACUUGAGUCACACUUAAAUAUGUAUGUCAUUGCAUUAGAAUACAAAACAUCAAACUAUGAUGCUAAAGCUUUUCUCACAAUUAACUUCACUUUUUGUGCUUUAUUUAUUUUUUAUUAAAACCACUUUUUUAGAUUUUAUGCAAUGAAAUGCAUGACAUUCAUACAGUAAGUGUUGCUUAAGUGUUCAGAUUAUUUUUGGUGCCACUGUAUAAUUAUACGUAGAACCAACCUUUUACAUGCAGUAUCAUAAAGAUAGGCAGUUAUAUUUACACGUUUACGCUUAUGAAAACUUUUGCCUUACAGACUCUCAGAAUAACCAGAAAUGUAUCUGACAUCAGAUGGAUGAAUGUACAAAGCUUUUGUUAUAAGAGAUUAAUACAAUUAGUGUAGUUUUACUUGGAGAAGUUUUUACCUCAGUAGCCUGCUGUAGGGUUUCACGCAGUGAAGGCCAAAUGAAGAUCACAGGAAGAGUCCUGUUUUGAACCAAAAAAACAAACCAAAAAAAAUACAUUCUCUCCUUUUGGUAGUAGGAGACAAUCCUCAUACAAUUCACAAAUCCACAAGACUUAUUUUUGGAGAUAUGUAUAGCAAUCCUAGUUCAUUUGCAUGCAGUCAUUUUAUAGUACUUAGCAUGACAAAUUAGGAAAUACUCAGAUACAUAUACUAACUUUUGACCCCUUAAAAUAACUUUGAUAAUGUAUUUGUGGCAUUUUGGGGGUUAAUUAAAAAUGUAUCUGUCUUCAAGGCCAGGUAGUUCAAACAUUCGGUCAAUCUUCAGCCUUGAACAUGACAAUACACUGCAAAAAAAAAAAGGGGGUAUUUUUGUAAUUUUCCAGUAAAAAUACUUAAAGAUCUUUAAAACAAAUACUUUUUUUAAGAAAAUAUAUCUUGAAUUUUUAUUAUUUAUUUUUUUUAAAACUCAUUAUGUUUUGGCUUAUACUUUUAUGCUUUAAAAAAGAAAAAAAGAACAGAAUUAACGAUACAUUUAAUUUAAAUUUUAUCUUACUGGAAAAUUUGACAAAUACUUUUUAAGAAAAUGUUUAUUUUGAAGACUGGUCUGGUGACUGGUCAGGGAUGUCACAUGCCAGUAAACAUUUCUUGUGUUAUGAGUGAGAUGCUGCUUAUAAAUAUGUUAUAUAUGUAAACGGGUUGAAUUGUUUAAUGAGGAAUAGUUUAACACAAUUGAUGGCCUUUUGACGUGAUAUUUCCAAUCUUGCUUUGUAUAAAUGUCAUGACAUUAUUUUUUAUCAAGAUUCCUGGGAUCACAAAAGAUCUGUCUACAAUAAAAACUCUCCCAAUUUAGAUAGUUUCCCUUUUAUUACUAUUUAUUUCUAUUUUCUAUCUUAUUCUGUCUUUUUUACCUGGUUGAUUCUGAGAUAUCAUGUAUUUGACUUCAACUUCAUUUAAAUAUAUAUUGUUUCUCUUUGUGCUGUAUUUUGAUACUAUAGCUGGUUUAUAUUAUUUUGUUUUUAUCUAUAUUGCCAUUAUUUUAAACUGUCUUCUGUUUAAGGUUCUUGCCAUUGAAUGAAAGUAACUGAUGUACACUCCGGUUCCCACAGCGGUAUAUAGGUUUACUCUAUCACUCUAUACAGUAUUGAUACAGUUAUUGAUUGCCUUUUUGGGGGGUGAGGUGGUGUGUGUGUGUGUGUUCAGUGUCUGUUUAGCCAAAUGUUCUGUUAGUGUUAAGAUGGAUACUGUUGGUCACUCCACAUAUUUUCAAGGAAAUGCAACUUUUUAUAGCAAGAUUUGUUAAUAAACAUUUUUAAAAAGUC